AUUGAUGAAUGACGUCAUACAUCCAUGUCUUACGUGUCUGAAAGUCGUACUUUGGGUGGCAACGAUUUGUCAUCUCCGUCAUCUGCUCCAUCAUCAUGGGACCGUCUCCGUCCGACUGUCGUCACUGACUGGUUUUGGGCGAUUGUCAACUUCAUUGUCUUGUUUUUUCAUACAAUGUUCAAGCCUAACUUGACGAAGAAAGGCAGCGGAUAUACAACAGACUACAGACGACCUGGAGGAGGAGGAGGAGGACCGUCAUCGGGUCCACGACGAAGAAUGGGAGGUUUCCGAGGAGGCCAGAGUGGACCCAGUCCGCCACCAAUGGGAGGAGGAUGAGGAAGGUAAAUGCCUGGAUGUGACCCUUCACACUCAGGCGUCUCCCCCUCUGUCUCGGUUGCUGUUGACUCACGACAGUGAGGCACAUGACGUCUACAUGGGAAGCUUCUUAGAGGACCACGUAUGACCGAAACACAACAGAAACCCAGACAACACUCCUCAUUACAACUCAAUUAAUUAGCUUCAUUAAUAUCAACUAGAUGACAAAACCAUAGUGAUGAAAUAAUAAUAAACAUGCAGAAAUCGACGUUUUCUCAUUGC